GGCGGCUCGCGUGUUCGCGCGUCAUCCGUGGAGUCCAGCGCCUCCUACGUGUCUGCGGUGUCCCAGCGCCCUGACUUGCAAGCCCAGGCUGAGUCUGAAGAGCCUACGCAGGGCUACAAGCAACGCCGGGCGGCCGUGCUAGCACAACAGAGGUACCGCGAGACAAUGUCAUACGGUCGGCGACGCCAAAGUGCAAUGGCGCUCAGCGGGGAUGGCGCAAAGUUCCUGUCCUUCGCGGAGUACAGGAAGGCGAUGUCCUACGCCGCGCGUCGUGGAUCCACAGUGGCUGCUGAGACCGUAGGCUAG